CUGGUUAGAAUAUCAGAUGGUGACCAGAUACAGGUUAUAUCAGAUGGUGACCAGAUACAGGUUAUAUCAGAUGGUGAUCAGAUACAGGUUAUAUCAUCAGUUGGUGACCAGAUACAGGUUGGAAUAUCAGCUGGUGACCAGAUACAGGUUAGAUCAUCAGAUGGUGACCACAUCAAGGUUAUAUCAGAUAGUGACCAGAUACAGGUUACAUCAUCAGUUGGUGACCAGAUACAGGUUAGAUCAUCAGAUGGUGACCAGAUACAAGUUGGAAUAUCAGCUGGUGACCAGAUACAGGUUGGAAUAUCAGCUGGUGACCAGAUACAGGUUGCAAUAUCAGCUGGUGGCCAGAUACAGGUUGGAAUAUCAGCUGGUAGCCAGAUACAGGUUGGAAUAUCAGCUGGUGGCCAGAUACAGGUUGGAAUAUCAGCUGGUGACCAGAUACAGGUUGGAAUAUCAGCUGGUGACCAGAUACAGGUUGGAAUAUCAGCUGGUGACCAGAUACAGGUUGGAAUAU